AUGAGUGAAACAAAGGUUUGUUAAUGCUGGUAAGAUAUUGACUUAUAUUUGAGUUUGGAAGAAGUUUUGGCUAGUAAUUAUUUGCUUCAUUCUCUCUAUUGUGAACGUAACAUUAUAAAAUGUGAAAUCUGUGAUCAAAGAAUAGAUAUGAAUGAAAAAGAUGCUCAUAUGUAGAAUCAUUAGAAAGUAUAGAUGAAUAUAUAUGAUUAGACUGAAUGUCCUUAUUGCUUAUAAAUGUUUGAAUAAGUACUUUUAGAAAUGCAUAAGAAUAAUUGUCCUAAUAAGCCAGAGAAAUGUGGAUUUUGUGAUUUGAUGAUAAAUAUGAGUGAAAUGCCAAGACAUUAAGCAAAGUGUGGUUCUAGAACUGAAUAAUGUAAAAUUUGUAAAAAGCAUAUACAAAAAAGAGGUAAAUAUAUAACUUGAUUUUUUAGAGUUGAAUCUACAUAUAAGCAUUUGUGGAUAAGGAGAGAAAAAAGAAUCUUCUAAAAGAAAUAGAUUAAAACAUAUAAAAAGUGAAUCAGAUUCUGAUGCAUCUGUAUAAGAAAUAAAGCAGAAUACUAAAAGAAAACCAUAGAAAUAGAUUAAAUAGUAAUCAAAAUAAAAAGAAUAAAUAUUGACAGAAUAUAAUGAUGAUGACGAUUAGGAAUUCUAAGAGGCUUUGUAAAUGAGUCUGAAUUAAAAAUGAAUUAAUAAAACUCAAGUUUGUGUAUACGUUUUAGAGCUAUAAGAGAACAUCGGCAUUUAUCUCAUCCCAUUCAUUAAACUCCGAAACCAUAAUUAUGGCGAAGUUUCAGCAUACCUAAAUUCUUUUCUUUCUCUUCAGUGAAAAAAUUUCCAAAAUUGCCUGAAA